AUGAGGCGCCUAAAUCAUUGCAACCUCCCUCACCCCCCAGGAGUGGACUUCAAGAUCAAACCCGUGAUUGUCAAUGGCAAGCGGGUGAACCUCACCAUCUGGGAUACAGCUGGUCAGGAGCGCUUUCGAACGCUCACCAGCUCUUACUACAGGGGGGCAUCAGGAAUCAUUCUAGUGUACGAUGUAACGCGCAGGGAGACGUUAACGAGUGUGGUGGACGGGUGGAUGGCGGAGGUGCAGCGUUACUCCACGCUGCCUGGCUGUGCGCUCAUGCUCGUGGGCAACAAGGCUGACAGGGAAGCGGAUCGCGAGGUGGGCAAGGAGGUGGGGGCGGAGCUGGCUCGCUCCUGGGGCUGUCUCUUUCUCGAGUGCUCCGCUAAAACGCGCCACAACGUGCAGCAGUGCUUCUCCGAACUUGUACACAAGGUGGGGGAAGAGGCGGGUGAGCAGAGGAGGAGGGGUGGAGGGGCUUGUUGCUGCAUGUUUCAGGCGCUUGGAAGGGGGGAGGGGGUGUACUGGUGGUUUUUUCAUGCUGCAAGGUGA